AUGUCAGACUUCGAUCCCAAGACCGUCGACGUGGUGCAGGAGUAUCCUCCACCCCCCGACGAUAGACGUUCUCUCACCGUCGAGCGUGACUGGACGCCUGAGGAAGAAAAGAAGGCGAAGAGAAAGUUGGAUCUGCUCAUCAUGCCUCUGCUCACCAUGGGCUUCUUCUGUCUACAACUCGACCGCGGCAACAUGGCCAACGCCAUCACGGAUAAUUUCAUGGAAGACAUUGGCAUCACACAAGACCAAUUCAACGUCGGCCAGCAGAUGUUGUCGCUGGGCAUUGUGCUGUUUGAGAUUCCCUCCAACAUGAUCCUGUACCGGGUCGGCCCUGGCAAGUGGCUCACGCUCCAACUGUUCCUUUUCGGCAUCGUGAGCACGUUCCAGGCCUUCCAGACCAACUACGGCUCCUUCAUCUCGACUCGCCUCCUCCUCGGCAUCACCGAGUCUGGCUUCAUCCCCGGUGGCCUGUGGACCCUGUCGACUUGGUACACAAGGAAGGAGACGGCAAAACGUGUCAUGAUAUUCUAUUUCGGCAAUCAAUUCGGCCAGGCAUCCGCGAAGCUACUUGCGUACGGCAUCCUCCACAUGCGUGGUGUCGGUGGUAAGCCAGGCUGGUUCUGGCUCUUCGUGCUCAUGGGCGCCUUCACCAUUCUUGGUGGCUUCAUCCUGGGGUUUUUCCUUCCUGAUUCCUUCAAGCAUCCUCGCAGUACUUUCCUCCCCGGUUUGAAGAUCUUCAGUGAUCGAGAGAUUCAUAUCCUCAAUUCCCGCGUCUUGCUCGACGAUCCUGCCAAGGGAAAGAAGAAGAAGCGCAUCGGCCGAGUGGCCUUCAAGAAAGCCUUCUCUAGCUGGCGGUUAUGGGUGCAUGUGCUGAUCACCCUGGCCAACAACGGCCCGCAGCGUGCCUUUGAUACCUACGCCCCGACCAUUGUCCGCAGCUUCGGUUUCCCUGCGUUAUCUGCCAAUGCGCUGGCGUCGGUCGGUCUCUUCCUGCAGAUCCCAGUCUCGUUCAGUUUCAGCUGGGUAUCUGAUCGUUUCUCGCGUCGAGGAGAGACAGUGAUGGCAGGCCUCAGCAUGCAUCUUCUCGGCUACAUCUUCAAUCGCAUCUUUACCGAAAUCAGCAGUCGUGGAUUGCGAUACUUUGGAGUCGUGUGGACUCAGACCUUUGGCACUUUUUCGCACCCGCUCAACAUCACCUGGAUGUCCCUUACGUGCGAAGACUCUGAGGAGAGGGCUCUCGCCAUGGCCAUGGUUAUCAUGGGUGCCAACAUUGCCGGUAUCUACGGCGCCCAGAUCUUCCGAUCUGACGACCGCCCGCGCUAUCGUCGCGCGUUCAGCGUCAAUUGCGCAGUGCUUGCGUUUGGUCUAGCUCUGGCCAUAGGCCGAUAUAUAGACGACGUGAUCCGCCGCCGUCGCCAAAACAGAAAGGCGCCGGACACAGUUGAGGAGGGCUUUACUCCAGAAGAGUCCGUUACUCCUGAGAAGCGAAGACGCAGCAGUGUUAUAACGGGCGAACGGCGUGAUAGUGUGCCGCCCAGUGAUGAUCAGCCAGUCCCGGUUCUCCUGGGUACCGGAGGGCGUCCGAUUGUUUCUGGUGGUGUAGUGGCUAACACCUGA